CGGGUGCUGAUCUACGACGCACCCGACACCUUGCGGGCAGAGAGGCGAGGGCGCGCGGGGAAACCUUGGGAAAGCACGAGGAGCGGUGCCAGGCCCGGCCAGCAAUGCCUCCGGUCGCUGCGAUUUCUUCCGGCGCCCGUGCGCAAUUGAGCUCGGUGCGCGUCUGAGGCUGUGGCCUCGUCUCGGCCCCCAUCCUCAGCUGCCGGCCGCCAUGGCCUUCGCCGCCCGGGAGAACGCGAGCUCGGAGCGCAGGCGGCCGCCGCGGCACCGGGCGCUGCGCGGGCUGCUGCUGCUCUGCCUGUGGCUGCCGAGUGGCCGCGCCGCCGCGUCGCUGUCCGAGCUGCACGCGCAGCUCUCGGGCGUGGACCAGCUGCUGGAGGAGUUCCGCCGGCAGCUGCAGCAGGAGCGGCCUCAGGAGGAGCUGGAGCUGGAGCUGCGCGCCGGCCGCGGCCCCCAGCAGGGCUGCCCGGGCCCGGGCGGCGGCGGCUACAGCGCCAUGACGGACGCCAUUAUCCGCACCAAGGACUCCAUCGCGGCGGGCGCCAGCUUCCUGCGGGCGCCCGAGGCCGUGCGGGACUGGCGGCAGUGCGUGGCGGCCUGCUGCUCCGAGCCGCGCUGCUCUGUGGCCGUGGUGGAGCUGCCCCCGCGGCCCGCGCCCCCGGCCCCCGCGCUCGGCUGCUACCUCUUCAACUGCACCGCGCGCGGCCGCAGCGUCUGCAGGUUCGCCCUGCACCGCGGCUACAGCAGCUACAGCCUCAGCCGCGCCCUGGAAGGGCAGCGAGACCCGGAAGCCAUCUUCCCGGCCACCGCCCGGGCCUCGCCUCGGCUGGAAAAGGAUGAGCCUCCACUUAGCAAGGCUGGACAGGAUGUGGUUUUGCGUCUCCCCACAGACGGGCUGAUUUUGGAUGGCCGCCAGAGCACAGAUGACCACGCCAUCAUCCACUAUGAGUGGACACUGCUGCAGGGUGACCCAUCAGUGGACAUGAAGGUGCCUCAGUCAGGAACCCUGAAGUUGUCCCACUUACAGGAAGGAAGGUACACCUUCCAGCUCACUGUGACAGACACUGCUGGGCAGAGGAACUCCGACAAUGUCUCGGUGACCGUGCUUCCCUCGGCCUUCUCCACAGGAGGAUGCUUGAAGGUUUGCUCACGCUACCACUUCUUUUGUGACAACGGCUGUUGCAUUGACAUCACACUGGCUUGCGAUGGAGUAGAGCAGUGUCCUGACGGAUCUGAUGAAGCUUUCUGUCAAAAUUUGAGCCUUGACCGGAAGACGGUAACUCACAGGGCAACUGCCCAGCCCAGAACCACAGGACCGAGCCAGGAGGCAGCAGGGGGCUUUUGGGGGAAGUCUCAGAAAGCCACCACCCCAGACUGGCCACCUGCAUUACCAGAUACGGAGAAGAGCAAUCAUUCCACCUUUUGGGGACCAAAGAUUCAAACUGAUCCUGUGAUACCAGAUAGUGGUUCCUCGGGGAAGAACAGAAAAGAGGAAAGUUACAUUUUUGAGUCCAAGAGCAAUCGAGGAGGAGGGGAACACCCGGCCCCAGAAAUAGGUGCGGUGCUGCCUCUGGCGCUGGGUUUGGCCGUCACUGCACUGCUGCUGCUCAUGGUCGCCUGCCGGCUGCGCCUGUUGAAGCAGAAACUUAAAAAAGCUCGUCCCAUUACAUCGGAGGAAUCGGACUACCUCAUCAAUGGGAUGUAUCUGUAAUAAGUAUACCUUAAAUGGCGGGGAAAGGACAUAUUUCACUUAUAAUUUAUACAUAUACUGCAUUUGGGAGCUUGAGAACUUGUUUUUAGCUGGGCUAAGACAAGUAUGGAAAACCCAGAAGGUUCUGUAAGCCCCAAACCUUUGUUCUUAUUUAUUUUAGAAAGGUUUUCCUUGAGAAGUAUGUGAAAUAUUUUGAAAUUUAGAGGAGUCCAUAUGGUUAAACACUUACAGAUCUAAUUCUGAUUUACGUACACUGUCCCUGAAAAUAGAUACUUGUAGUUAGCCAAGACACAAGAUGUGGGAUCUCAGGAGGCGGCCUUGGCCGGGCAGUGUCAAUAACCUGUCAAUAACCGUCGACUUCGUGGAAGCCCGCCACGGGCCCUGGCACCCCGAACCUCCUCCUGCACGGCUCCCCGUCCUGGGGCCCUCCUGGUCCUCACUGCAAACUUCCACGCGCUCCUUUCUCGCCCCUUCAAAACCUGCUUCUCAGAACGGAUCGCAAGUGAGUUGUAUCCUCAGUGAGAUGUUAUCUGUGGCUAUCUAAAUUAUAACCUUACGAACAGGUCAUGGUGUCUCAGGGAAGGUGAAUGUGCGUUCUGUCCAACGCCUCUGACAUGUCAUGUAGGUGGCUGCCUCGUUAGGCUGACCCUUGGGAGAAAAAACUCAGACUGAAUUACAAAUAGCUCUAACAUGAUUAUGAAUCAAUACAGGAAAUCAAGGUGGAAUCUGGCAGGUCAAAAAUGUAACCAACUUAGCUGAGGGCAAAGCGAGCAAGGACUAUCGGUACUUUCUGGAACGUACUCCACACUGCUUGCUGUGCAGAACACAGCAGCUCAUUUCAUAGUCAUCCAUUUUCAACAUUAGUCUGUGUUGAUGGGAGAGGAAAAUGCAUUUAAAUAGAAAAGCAGAACAUUGAGUGGAUUUCUGGGUGCCGCUUUUGUAAUGUCAGAUGUUUACGUAUCAGCAGGCUCUUUCAUCCACUGGAAUUGCAGUUUUUCCCAUCAUUUAUUUAAUGCUAUAAAAUGUUACAUGUGCAGUGAGCUAAUGGCAGGCUAUGUAGUCCCAGAGCAUAAAACAGUUUUGCACAAAUUACUCUUUACAGAAAACCAGCAUCUAGUUUAGCAUCUCUUUUUUUUUUCUGCUAGGAUUUUAAAGGCAAAUUAUUCCCAUCAUCACCUAAUGCCAGAAUUAUACAUUUUCUAGAAAUUAUUCUUUGGGGGGGCUAUAUAGUGGGGUGCGUGUCUACACUCACAUGGUGUUCCUAUUUACAUAAUGGGGGUUUUAUUUUGUUGUUUUUUAUC